AAAAAAAAAAAAAAAAGAAAAAGAAAGAAGAAAGAAGAAGCUUGGAGAGAAGGCUUUCAAGUUCUCUCUCUCUUGUUUCUCUCUCUUGACCUCCAAUUUAUUUUCAUCCUCUUCUUAUCAAGGUCGAGGAAGAGUCUAGAGGAAUCGAAUCGAUACUGAAAAUGAUACUUUCUGUCAUCUCUGGCAGCUGCUUAUCGACUCCUCCCCGGUCCUCUGCCUUCGUACUCGUCUCUUGCACCUAGGGUUUAUAACGCCGCCUUCUUCUUCCAAGAGAAUCAUGCCAACAUUCACUACAAUUGCGUUGGAAAGGUUGUUAGAACCUGGAAGUUCCAGGUCUGUCGAUAAGUCCCUUCCUAAACCUAAGCCUUCUCUGAACUCUGACCGUGCUCCAAGCACGAAGUUGGAGAGGAGAAAUAGCCCAUCAGUUGCUGACAGAAAAAUUCAGCGGCCUCAAAUAAAGCCAGCACUAUAUGCCACUCCAGAGGCAACUCCUCUUCCGGAUUCACCAUCUUCAUUCCCACCUUCCCCUUAUAUUGUCAAUCACAAGCGGCGUGGGCCUCGUCUCUUGAAGAGUUUCUCUGAGGACGAUGUCUCUUCUCGCAAAAAGGUGAAUGAUAAGGAUAUAGGAAAUGGGAACGUGAAGGGUACAGAUAGCAAUGAUGUAAAAUUGACUGAGGGUGCUUCUGUUGUUGUUGACAUGCCUAUUCCAGAUGGACACAGAAAUGGUCUAGAUUGCGCUAGUAGUAGUCAUGUUGGUCAAAAUGGGAGUGUUGAUGAUGAUCCUGGUGCUGCAGGUGUCCAACUUGCGAGCAAUCACAGUAAUCAUGGAAGUAGUAUAAUGAUGAGUAAUGGUGUUACUCGGGAAAAGGAUUCACUGAAAGUCGUGUCAAAUUCAGAAUGUGUGGGAGAUACUGAAGACUUCUUUGACCCACAGGAUUCUUUGAGUGUUGCAAGUAACACAGAUGGAGAGGAUAAUGGUAUUGAACGUUCAGCUAAAAUCGGUACUCCUGUGGGGGAGUUUUAUGAUGCUUUGGAAGCGCUUUCUUCCGAGGGUUUGCCACAACCUUAUAUUUCUGAUAUUGAAGCUGAGUUAUGGGAAAUGAAAUUAACACUAUCAAUGGAGUUGGAGAAGCGAAAGCAGGCCGAGGAAAUACUGGAUAAAUUCCGGGGCCAGUGGCAGAGGCUUAGAGAGCAGCUAUUGCUUGUAGGAUUGACCCUUCCUUCAGAUCCCACAGUAGCCACAGAAGGGAAGCAGUUAGAUUCUGACCCUGCUGAAGAAUUGUGCCGACAAGUUUAUCUUGCUAGGUUUGUGUCAGAUUCUAUUGGAAGAGGUAUAGCGAGGGCAGAGGUGGAGACUGAGAUGGAAGCGCAGCUUGAAGUGAAGAAUUUUGAGAUUGCUCGAUUGCUGGACCGGCUCCAUUACUAUGAGGCAGCAAAUCAUGAAAUGUCCCAAAGGAAUCAAGAAGCUGUAGAUUUGGCGCGACGCGAGAGGUUGAGAAGAAAAAGGAGGCAAAGAUGGAUCUGGGGUUCGGUUGCCACUGCAAUAACACUAGGUACUGUAGUCUUAGCCUGGUCGUACCUUCCAUCGGGAAAAGAUUUGCCAUCCAGCAACAAUUCGAAGGCCGUUGAGCAUGAUGAUGCAACAGUUUGAUGACCGCCGAUACAAGACUUAGAUUAUGUACCAUGUUAUAGAAAGGAAAAAUAAAAAGGAGCCAUACAUCAUAUACAUCUGGUAUAAUGUUGAUAUCAAAUGCCUGCUUUUAGCUGAAGUAUUGGCAUGCCCAAGGUAUAGUUCUUAUAAAUGGUCGGCCCUUGUAAUUAAAGAUGAAAGGGGCUGAUUCUUGAUUUUUUAUUAUUUUUUUUCUUUCUCAGACCUAACAGGGUUAUAACACCUGAAAUUUUUGGCAAUUCAUGCAAUGAUAUACAGUGUAGAAAUGUUUGAUUAGUAUCAAA